AGCGUGUCAGAUGCUCUCGCGCAGGGUUGCAACAAUAUAGCGCAGAGUCUGUGAGAGGAAAGGUUGAACCCCGGCUAAAGACGAGGAGACACCGUAUUUUCAUUUUUCCCGUCUACAUUUUCUGCUCGUUGGAUAAUAAGGAACGAACGGACGGUUUUCCUCAGCUGCAGAGCUUUUAAAGUGUCCAGGAGAUUUUACAGGCGAAGCGAGGCCCCUUAUGGACUAAAAUACAGAGACAGUGCGGACACUUCCCCCGGACUGCGAGCAAGCCAGAGCCCCGAGCAAUGUCCAGCACAAGCGGGCGAGGAAAUCUGCAGGAAUAUAGAUCUCAAAGCCGCUGUUGUGACAGAUUGCCUAUAAUGUGGAAGACUUGCACAGAGCUGUGUAGACCCGAGGCUGUCAAAAUGCUAGUUAGAUCCGACACAAGUGGGCAUGGGGGUCUUAAUCAACUAGGCGGCAUGUUUGUGAACGGACGCCCGCUCCCGGAGGUCAUCCGGCAGCGUAUUGUGGACAUGGCUCACCAAGGUGUGCGACCCUGCGACAUCUCCCGCCAGCUCCGUGUGAGCCACGGCUGUGUCAGCAAGAUCUUGGGCAGAUACUACGAGACAGGCAGUAUAAAGCCCGGAGUGAUCGGGGGCUCAAAGCCCAAAGUGGCCACCCCGAAAGUGGUGGAGAAGAUAGCAGAGUACAAGCGGCAGAAUCCCACCAUGUUUGCUUGGGAGAUCAGAGACAGACUGCUGGCAGAGGGGGUCUGUGACAGCGACACGGUGCCCAGCGUCAGCUCCAUCAACAGGAUAAUUCGAACAAAGGUACAGCAGCCAUUCAACGUGCCUCUGGACAGCAAAAGCCUGAGCCCUGGCCACACAUUAAUUCCAAGCUCAGCAGUCACGCCUCCCGAGUCGCCUCAGUCGGACUCUCUAGGAUCCACCUACUCCAUAAGUGGCCUGCUGGGCAUUCCACAGGCCAGCUCAGAAGGAAAGAGAAGUCACGAUGAUAGUGACCAGGAAAGUUGUCGGCACAGCGUGGACUCUCAGGGCAGCGGAGGUGGACCCAGGAAGCAGCUAAGGCCUGAACACUUCCCCUCCCAGCACCUGGACUGCGGAUUCGAGCGGCACCACUACACCUCUGACACAUUCAGUCCCACUGUAUCCGGCAAAAGCGAACAGUCCCUUUAUCCUCUCUCUCUCCUCAACGGUAGUCUGGAGGAGGGCAAGAGCAGCCUUGCAACAUCCAGCGCCGCCAUUGGCAGAAACCUGGCAACACACCAGGGAUAUACAGUGGUUGCAGACCCCCUCCAGCCCCUUCCCAUCUGCCUGAAACAGGAAAUGUCACCCGAGGGGGCCAGCUCCAGCCCCUCCCCCAACAUUAUCGGCAACCCAGCCUUCUUGGAUAUGGGCUCCAUUUCGGCUCCGUCGCCGGUGUCCGUGGGUAACAGUUGCAGCAGCUCCACACAUUUCUCUCAUGCCUUCAACUCAUUCUCCCAUCACACACCAGUGUACGGCCAGUUCAGCAGCCAGUCGCUCAUCGCAGGGCGAGAUAUGGUCAGCUCCACUCUCCCAGGAUAUCCUCCACACAUUCCAUCAGCCGGUCAGACAGGUUACUCGUCCUCCGCCAUCACAGGAAUGGUAGCAGGUGCGGAGUACUCAGGCCAGACUUACACACACUCGCCCUACACGUCUUACAGCGACGCGUGGAGAUUCACCAACUCCAGCAUACUAGGCUCCCCGUACUACUACAGCUCUGCGCCCCGGUCCGCCCCACCUUCCACCGCAGCUUACGACCACCUCUAGCUCCACACUGGAGCUCUGUGAACAUUCAGUGGACUCAUUUACAGCGGGUAUAUAGAAGGAGAAGGACACGGAGGAAGACCAGCAGUGUUCAUGGACAAUACAUGCGGUUGCCUGAAUGACUGUUCUUUGAUUAUUUAUUCACUUGGUUGGAAACCUCGACCAGGACACACUUACAAAACGCACAAGUUUACACUCUCCUCUGAAACAGCCCCGGGUUUCUCACUCAGAUCACCAUCCUGGUUCAUAAGCUACGGAUUUCCCAACAGCCAAAGAUCAUCUUCUGUCAUCCAGUCACACACUGCUGUUGAUGAAAUGUCCUGUUCACGACCCAAGAGGAAAUUAAAUGGCUGUUAGGGCUUAUUCAGUUAUUCAUUCAUUCGUUCGUUCAUUCAUUCAUUCAUUCAUUCAUUCAUUCAUUUAUUUAUUCAUUCAUUCAGGUCUUUGUUCUUGCUUUCUGUUUAAAGUCUGAACAAUUUAAGUUCUCCAUCAACUUCAUCAUCAUCUUAAUCAUCUUCAUUAUCAUCAUCAUCAUCAUCAUCAUCAUCAUCAUCAUCAUCAUCAUCACUCUCAGAAGUGUCCGAAAUCAGUUUUCUGAAAACCGUUGUUUAUCUUCUGUGAACUGAAAUACUACAGAUCGGUUUAUCGUGUUUGGGGCCAUGUGUAAAUAAUGUAGAAAAGGAAAAACCCUUAUUGAAAAUUCCCUUUAAUGCUACAAAUAAUUAGGAGUGGAUUUUAUUGGGGCGGAUUAGUAAAUUGUAAAAGACAUUUAAAAAAAGGUUUUAAAAAUCGUUUAUUUCCCCCUUCCCUAUGUACUAUAUUUGUUGUCAAAUGGGGUUGCAGAAAUCUGUGAUUAAACUAUUUCUUUUUAUUGUACUGUCACUUAUAUGAUUAAUCAAUUUCUACAGAAUUAUUUUUAAUUAAAUAAAGCAUGACAAAUUGA